UGAGAAAUUUUCAUCAAGGUUCAAAAGAGAUCUUUGAAAGCGGGAAAUAUUCCCGUGGCAAUCAUAGGGAAACUACUUUUCCUUGGUUGGCCAAAAGAAGUAGACAUAUAUUGAUUAAAAUUAAAGGUAGUUUAUUUUUGUCUGAGACUGAGAUGGUCUUCCCACAAUCUUGAGAGCGCCCGAUCUAUUUUUGUACCUAUUCCUUUAAAUUGUGAGUUUCGUGUAGUUACUAUAGGAUAUGGCUGUUAUUGAAGACCAGCAAUUUUGUCUGAGAUGGAAUAAUUUUCAAGCGAAUUUCACAUCACAAUUUGAAACCUUAAGGGACGAUGAGGACUUCACCGAUGUCACGAUUGCAUGUGAAGGUCAGAAACUACAAGCACAUAAAGUUGUUCUUUCGGCUUGUAGCCCUUAUUUCAAGGAAUUAUUCAAGACAAACCCAUGUUCCCAUCCCAUAAUCUUCAUGAAAGACGUGGAGGCCCAACACAUAGUGGCCCUGAUGGAAUUCAUGUACGCUGGAGAAGUGAACGUAGCUCAAGCCAACCUGUCGGCUUUCCUAAAAACGGCAGAAUCCCUGAAAAUCAGGGGGCUCACAGACACAACCACUUCCUACGACACUGAAUCGCCCAAAGGAGAAGAGGACACCCUGUAUCUCAACCCCCAGUCUUCGAAGCAGAAAAUCAACAAGCCGCAUAUAUCCUCAUCCAGUACCGUAACCUCUAGUCAAGAUAUACCAAAAGAACUGUCUCCUAGUCCUAGUCCACCGCCCAAGAGGCAGUGUAAGUCAGAAUCUGACGUCCCAAGGCUGAGGGCAGUCAAGGAAGAGUCCCUGAGCGGGGUGAAUCCCUUCGCCUUACAGACUGAAGUGAGAAGUCAAUUAGAGUUAAGUAAGACGUCUUUGCAGCCGAAGCUCGAACUGCCGGAUUAUUCUAGCGAGGAUGAAAUGAGGGAGGAUAUUUCCAAUUUUUAUGGGGGAUCUGAACUCACCGAACUGCCAGGGGGUACAGAGAUUAUACCUCAAACGUCAACAUUCAGCCUUAAAGGGACAACACCUGAAUUGACCCUACAAAAUAUGCUCAGAUUCAGAAGAAGACCACCUGAAGCCUGGCUUAAAGAAUUCGAAGAAUCCGAACUUUGCAGUUCUUGGAAAGAUGAGGGAAAUAAUAAGAGACUGAUUAAAUUAGGAGAUGGUAUUGAAGUGUACGAAGACCAACUGAGAAGUGUUAAAUGGAAUGAUUACAGGAAAUUGACCAGAGGACUAGCAACCAUACUGUUCAGCCCAGCAGAGUUGGCUACUUGUUCUGUCACUGGUCAGAGAUGGAGUAGGGCAGGGAGUGAAGAGCGACCAGUGAAACCAGCUUUAGAUAGAACAAAGGUGCAAGCAAUCAUAUCUUAUGUAGCUACGCGUUUUCCAAUGGUUGAGGUUAGUAGAAUAAAACAGGUUUUAGCCUACAAAUGUAAGGAGAAUUCAACAGCAUUGAGAAUGAAAGCUGUAAGAUAUUAUGGGAAACAAGUGCCAAAGUAGGCUUAGGAGGCAUGCCUAAGAUGACAAAUAGGAUUUUCUACAUAUCAGAGAGUAAACGAUGAUUUUUGUUCAACUUGAAAAUUCGUUAUAGAAUUUUCACCAAAUCGAAAAGAAUUUUCGUUUCGUUGCUAAUUUUUCGAUUAUCAAUGAAACCAAUCAGCAUCGAAUUUUUAUCACUAAUAUCACGAUAUUUCUAGUCUAGCCUAUUUGGGUUCAAAUGAAAACGAAUCUGGAGAUAAAUAGUGAUACAGAAUGUUAAGUUUUACCAUUUUUUAUGUUUGCCGAGGAGUUUCAAUUUUAGGUUAUUUUAUCGUUGGGAUAAUAAUAUGAAGAUUGUAAAAAUAUAAAGUUUAUUAUAAAAAUUUUUACAGGAACGGUACUGUUAUAUUUCAACGAUGUUGUCAUAAUAAAUUUUUAUUAUGAGGA